AUGGUGCUGCACAAGCCGAACAAGAAGGCCAUCAACUGCCCUCAACGCCGCAUCCUGAUCAGCGUGACGGUGCUCGGCAGUGCCGGACCGAUCCGUUUCGUCGUCAAUGAGGACGAGCUCGUCGCCGCUGUCAUCGGGACUGUCCUCAAGAAUUACGCCCGCGAGGGGCGUUUGCCGGUUCUGGGAUCCGAUUUCAAUGAGUUCGUACUAUACUGCCCCAGUAUUCCUGAAAUGGAAGCUUUGAGCCCGUCGGAGACGAUUGGAUCGUUUGGCGCAAGGAAUUUCAAGCUUUGGAAGAAGCCGCAUGUGGAGAAAGCCAAUGCCGCCGCCGCCGCCAAGGAUGAAGAAGAUGAUAAGCGGCAGCCAAUUGAUCGGAAAAGGAAUAAUAAUUGGAGUUGGAAGACAUUACUAUUGUUAAUGUUAGAGAGAAGUUGUAAUCCCUACACGUCAGAGAAGGUUUCUUGCCAUUGA